CUUCAAAGCGACAAUUCUUUGAACAUGCAAGAAACCACGUUGAUUGUCAGGAUAAAUUAGCUAAUGGACUUGAAUACUUAUCAGCCAACAUUCAAUAAUUCGUAUCUACACUGCAAAGCGUCGAUCUACAAUGACCGUACCAGCAGUCAACAAACAAAACAACAAGAACACAGGAAUAGCCACAGGACGACGGGUUUUCCGACUUUCAAUGUGUACUGUCUCGAUCGUACUCUUAUAGUCUACAAAGCAGAAAUUGUCCGGGGUGUCAUUCAGUAUGUGCUCGAUCUACUGGUUAUGACCAACAUGAUGAUUAUAACGUAUUACAAGUGGUAUGGAGCGUCAACGAGCUUAACCCCUAGUGUAAAAUAUUUGUCCAUGAGAUGUAAAUGCUCAAUACCAACGAUCAGCAACACUCAACCUUCGUGCUCUCUUGCGGCAUCCAAACGAACCAAGCCCCACGUGGCUCGAGACAGUUGCCUAUCGACGCCCCAUUACACUGUACACCGACCAAAUGCUUAUCAUGAAGAGGUGGCUCUGUUCCGCGUAGUAGCGCCAAGAGCGGCAGCAUCAGCAGGAAGAACAGGAGUACCUGCGAGAUGAGGCGGGAUAACGACAGCGAUGCUUAGAACUCGCUGCAGAAAACAAUCUUAUAAAGAG